AGUCUGCCCAGUUGUCGACGGCAGACACAGUGAGGCGGUACCUAAUCAGUGUUCUGGGAAAAAAAAGUCGUUCUUUAUUUAGUUUUGUUGUAUUAUUUCUGAAUUUAUCUAGUGUUUUAAACUUCUAGCUAAAACUAUGGCUUCUUCGGAUGUUGCUCGGCAGCCGGAUAAGGGAGUCCGACCCCUGUCUCUGGCAGGACAUGUUGGCUUUGACAGCCUCCCAGAUCAGCUUGUCAACAAGUCCAUCUGCCAGGGCUUCUGCUUCAAUAUUCUCUGCAUUGGUGAAACAGGUAUUGGCAAGUCUACCCUGAUGGACACUCUGUUCAAUACCAACUUUGAGAACUUUGAGUCAUCCCACUUUGAGCCUCAGGUGAAGCUGCGGGCGCAAACCUAUGACCUGCAGGAGAGUAAUGUCCGACUACGCCUUACCGUGGUCAACACUGUAGGCUUUGGAGACCAAAUGAACAAACAAGAGAGCUAUCAGCCGGUGGUGGACUACAUCGACAGGCAGUUUGAGAGUUAUCUACAGGAGGAGCUUAAAAUCAAACGCUCUCUGCACAACUACCAUGACUCACGAGUCCACGCCUGCCUUUACUUCAUCUCCCCCUCGGGUCAUUCACUCAAGUCCCUGGACCUUGUCACUAUGAAGAAACUAGAUAGCAAGGUGAACAUAAUUCCAGUGAUCGCCAAAGCUGACACCAUCAGUAAGAGCGAGCUGCACAAGUUCAAGAUCAAAAUCAUGAGCGAGCUGGUCAGCAACGGCGUCCAGAUCUAUCAGUUCCCUCUCGAUGAUGAGACGGUCGCUAAGGUCAACACUACAAUGAAUGGUCAUUUGCCAUUUGCAGUCGUAGGCAGCACAGAGGAAGUCUCCGUUGGCAAUAAGAUGGUGAAGGCUCGUCAGUAUCCCUGGGGUGUAGUCCAAGUGGAGAACGAGAGUCAUUGUGACUUUGUGAAGCUGAGGGAGAUGCUGAUCUGCGUAAACAUGGAGGACCUGAGGGAGCAGACGCACACUCGGCAUUACGAGCUGUACAGGCGGUGUAAACUCGAGGAGAUGGGGUUCAAAGACACAGACCCAGAGUGCAAACCUGUCAGCUUGCAGCAGACUUAUGAGGCCAAGCGUCAGGAGUUCCUGGUGGAGCUGCAGAAGAGGGAGGAUGAGAUGAGGCAGAUGUUUGUGCAGAGAGUGAAGGAGAAGGAGUCUGAGCUAAAGGAGGCUGAGAGAGAGCUGCAAAGUCGUUUUGAGCAACUGAAGCGCCUUCACGCAGACGAGAAAGCAGCUCUGGAGGAAAAGAAGAGGCUUCUGGAUGAUGACCAGAGUUCCUUCAGCAAGAGACGAGCUGCCGCUCAGCUCCUGCAGGCCCAGAGCCUCACUGCCAAUGGCAAGAAGGAUAAGGAUCGCAAGAAUUCCGGCUUCAUGUGAAGACAUUUGGAUCUGAAGUACACUCCAUUAUGACCAGUGUAACCAGUGACAUUCUGACCAUGUUCUUUCCAGCCCUUUUGUGGCCAGUCUCAAACACUAACCAGGAAAAAAAACCCUACACAAACCAGCAGAGUGUGUGAGUGUGAGUUUGUGCCAAAGUUUAAUGACUGUACCCAUGAAUCCUGUGUACACUUUGCUCAAUGGUAUUUUUUAAUCUUCUUUAUGGGUUUUAUACCUCUGUGUAAGAUUUUAUAUUUAUCCUUUCGUUUUGUAUAAGACUUUCAUUUUCCAUAUGCCUCCCUCUUUCUUUUUUUUUAAUACGUCUGAGUAUUGAUCGUCACCCAGCCUCCUCACUAAAUGCUCUAUAUUGAUCAACACUAUACUGAAAGGGACUUCUUCACUCACAUUUAAUCUGUCUGCCAUAUCAUUAGGUAUUUGGUAUUGGUAUUGGUAUUGAGAAAAAAACAUCUGUGUCGUGCUUGUAAUUUAUUGUAAAGCCUCUUUCAGACAUACACUUCAUGAGGAGACUUACAUUUUGGUCUCAGUGUCUAAAUAAAUGCAUCCUUUUUUCAAUUAAAGCUGCGUCAGCCAUCUAACAAAACACGUCUGAAUGUGGGAUUAAUCUAAAAGCUACAGCAGUUUCGAAAUUCUAUUUCACAAAGAAAAGAAAAUCAGUUUAAUAAACGACGAAACAACAAUGUAAACUCUCUAAAUUUGGCAUAUUUUGCUGAAUUUUCUGCUCUAUACAUACGCGAUGACACAGAUGAGAAAAUUCAUCAGGAAAUCUGCAGUGUUUGUUCGCUCAGUGAGAAGAGGAUGCGAGCGAGUCAUUAAUAAAAUGAUGAACAAUCACUUUAUUAUUUUUUCAAGCCACAGCUGUUGUCCUGCAGUGAGAGGAAAUAUAGCGAGAGCGUUUGCAGCUCUCUGUGUAAUAGUGCUGUCAUGUUUAAAUGGAGCCAUUACAGAAUAAUUACUCCACAGAGACCUUUGAUAUUUAACAGAUCUGCAGCUCUGGCGAUGUAACAGAAUCCAUGUCUGAAAGGGGCUUAAGUGAUCAUUUCUGAAGGUCGAUCAAGUGCAUUCAUCAUCGAGAAUUGUCAUAAUCAGGGUCAGAGGGCAUUAUAAUUCCUUGUCCUUCUUCUGUGUUGCGUCUGAUUUCUUUUCCCCUCACACCUCCUUGAUGCUAUAAACUUUAAAUACGAGCACACCAGCAAUACAUAAACCUGCAGGAGCCGCACUGACUCUUCUGUCGCCCUUCCAAAGACACUUCUCUUGCCCAGCCCCAGUUUCACAGUCUUCUAGGAGGGUGAAGCUGAGGCUUGGUUUUGGAUUAGGUACAUGUUACAGCAUAUAUUUAUAUAUAUAUAUGUAGUGUUUUACUUGCUCCCUUAUUUUUCUUACUGACACAAACAGUUGAAGUUUGCAACGCACUCUGUCUGAAAAGAGCUGACUCAUGGAAACAAUGCAUCAUGUCGAGUCAGUGUUUGUCGAGGGGAGUAUGGGGAGAGAGGGGAAGAUGCAUUUGUGACUGUAUUUUUAUCAUUUCUUUAUUCACAUGUGUCUGGACGAGACAGGGUUUCACACCUCGCAGCAUUUUUACAGUACAGAGUAAAACACAACAGUAAAGUGUGAUUUAUAAACCGACAUCGACUCACCAACACUGCCACUUUAUAUUUACACUAGUGUUAGUGCCUUAUCUGUGUGAAGCUGACUUAAAAAGACACUAUCCACUUAACUUGUGCAUCCAGGGAAACACACUUAUGCCAAUCAAGCUUGUCUAAGACACAUUUUUGCUACACUUGUAUUUAAGGAAUAAACAGUGUUAUUUGGGAGCUUUUUUUUUUCCUUCUUGCUAAAUAAAUCUUUGUAUUUUUGUCAUGAUACACCCUGCUCAUCUGUUUGCUUUCAUCUCAAUAUGGUGCUUUAUGUUUGCUACUUUUUAUUGAUUUAUUUGUUUGAAAGCAGCUGAUGCCUCAGUUUGUAUUUUAACAGUGAUCGUAACUUUGGUGCUGGUCAGGCCGACUGAUAUAUCAAGCACUUGUACUAGGAAAUAGUACAGAUGUACUUCAGCUGCCAGUGGUGGUGUAACAAUUAUCUUCAAUUUUAGAUUGAAACACAUAUCUAUGCACUUAUCUUCAUGCUUUCAGUCUUUCAGACCUUAAUCAGAGCAUCAGAACAAGUAAAAUUCAAGAGCACCUGUGGUACCCAGACCUGGCUUAUAGAGGAACUGAUAAUAAUUUGGGUUUCCUUUCAAGCCCUGGUGACCUCACCAAAUAAAAGCACUAAGAGGAAACUUGAAUGUAAGCUUUCACUUGCCCAAUUUAAGAAAAUAACCUCCCCCUAAAAGGAAGAGUACAAACAAAUUAACUGGAGGGAUAUCUUCUGGAUUGUCCACAAUAUUUGUCUUAAAACAUUCUUCCUGAAUGAGACCAAAUAAUCCAACAAAAAAUGUCCAAUGGUCGGCAUUCAAAAUGCAAAGAUAUAAACCAGGAGGGAGCAACACAUACCAAAAUAGUUCAAAAGUAAUCAAAAUUACUGGAUGUAGUUUUGGGGAAAUGUAAUCUAGCCUUGGCUUGGUGGCUUGCUAACUCUUCAUGGUCUUUCAUACACACUGGUUUCCCUACUGUCUUCAGUCUGUUGGUCAAGGUACCACCAUAAAAAUGAACUAAAUGUUUUACUCUGACUAGAUUCUCAGUUCUUUCCUUCUUUGUUACUCCACCCUGUGGGGAACAGAACACCUGAACUGUAGGAGACGACAAAUUAAAGCAGCGGUGAGAGGAACAUGAUGCACCAGAGGGUUAAUCUUACUGUAUGUGGUAGUGUCACAGUGGGAGAGGUCGUCUUAUGCUUAAUCUUUAAAGAGAAAAGUAGGAAUAUAAUAGAAACCCAGUACUUUCUUAACAAGUUUAGGUUCUAUAUUCAAACCUUUACUUGAGUAAAAAUUAAAGAGUAGUUUUAUAAGUAGUCAGUUUUAUAUUAUUAUAUUUAAAAUUAUGAAAUUAUUAAUUAUCACUGACACAUAAACAUGUAAGCAGCAGUCUAAUACUGAAUCUGAUCAAAGUGGAGCUAUUUUAACUACUUCAGAAACUUCUCAUAUUCUAUAAAUCAUAUUAUUUUUAUGUGUUUUUUCUGCCUCCAACUAUCAAAUACAUGUAAGUGCAGUAAAAAAAACACAAUAUCUCCCUGUGAAAUGUAGUGGUAGAAGUUUGAAGUAGCAUAAAAUGAAAAUACUCAUGAAGUACAAAUAGCACUGCAGAUGCUGAAAUCACCAUUUGUAAAUCAAUUAGUCAUACUGUGUUAAAAAAAUGAUUUAUUGAUUGAUUGGGGACUAUGUUUAACAACAGCAAAACUUAAUCAAAACAUCUGGUUACAAACUG